AUGGACAGCGCACUUUUCCAGUCUCAGGGGGACUCACGUCUGGGCUCUGACUGGGGUCCUGGAGGAGCCUGGCUCGUCUCCAGCGUCACCUCGACAGGCGAUGUGCGAGCUGCGCACGGCAGUGUAGCCCGCUCGUCUGUAGAAGGUCCCGGCGCGACGGGAGCAGCGCCCAGCGCCCAGGCAGGGAGCCCGGCAGGCGCAGGAGAGGAGUCCGGGCGGCCGGGGGGGCCGGAGCCACAGAACGCUGAUUGCGGCGCUGCCAACAGCAGGAGGAGGAGGAGAGGGGAGGCUGUGGUGUCGGUCCUGUCGGUGCCUGUCGGUGCCGGGGACGGGGGACGAGCGCGGCGGUCCUGCGUGGAUGCGAGCGUGUGUGUGUGGAUGCGCGUGUGCGCGCGGCCGCCUGGGGGCGAUGAUGUAAUCCUGUUUGUGUGUAAGUGUGCCAGCUGUGUGUGUGGGGGGGGGUGGGAGCACGUGCCGUGGGGCCGUGUGAGCGCGGAGGGUGGCGUGAUGCCCCGGCGCUCGGCGCUGCGCCCCUGCUCGGAUGAUGAAGACGUCCCCUGCCUGCCGACCUACACGGGCUCAGGCAGCGUCUACGGCCCCCCCCACCCCCUGGGGCCGCUCAGCGCCUCCACCAGCCACAUCAACCGGCUGGGCACCGCCGGCGCCUACGACAAGCCGGGCUGCCAGAACGGGCUGAGCGCCUCCGACAGCGGCCGCUCCUCCUCCGGCAAGAGCUCCUCCUCCUGCCAGCGGCUCAGCCACCUGAGCGACGCCCCGCCCCUGCGCCCCUCCCCCUCCUCCGACGACAUCAUCCAAGACCUGGAGGACCGCCUCUGGGAGAAGGAGCAGGAGGUGCUGCACAUGCGCCGCAACCUGGACCAGAGCGAGGCCGCCAUCGUGCAGGUGUUCGAGGAGAAGCAGCGCGUGUGGGAGCGCGAGAUGGAGGAGCUGCGGCAGAACUACGCCAACAAGCUGCAGCAGGUGUCGCGCAAGGCGCAGCGCACCCAGCAGACCCUGCAGCUGCAGAUCAGCCGGCUGCAGCAGGACAAGCGCAGGCUGCAGGAGGAGCUGGCGGCCCUGCUGGCCCAGAGGGAGGAGCUGGAGAGGAAGUGCCUGGACUACAAGAAGGAGCAGGCUGACAUCCUGCCUCGCCUGGAGGAGACCAAGUGGGAGGUGUGCCAGAAGGCCGGGGAGAUCUCCCUGCUGAAGCAGCAGCUGCGUGAGUCGCAGGCGGAGGUGGCGCAGCGCGCGGGCGAGAUGGUGGCGCUGCGGGCGCAGCUCAGGGAGCUGAGCGGGCAGCUGCGGGAGCGCGAGGAGGCGGUGCUGGGGCUCAAGGACUCCUACAGCAGCAAGAGCCUGGCGCUGGAGCGCUGCGAGGGGGAGCUGCAGAGGACGCUGGCCGAGGUCUCUCUGCUGCGGGACAAGCUGGGCGUGUUCGAAGCAGAGGUGCUGGGACUGAAGCAAGCGCUGGUGGAGCUGGGGGGGGCCGGGCGGGCGGCUGUGCCCUCCCCUCAGAGCCCCCCGGACGGGCCGCCGCCCCCCCAGGCGGACGCCCUGCUGAGCCUGCAGAGCGACGAGGCGAAGGCGCAGCGGCAGGCCGAGGCGGGGGGGCUGCGGCGGCAGCUGGAGAGGCUGCAGGGCGAGCUGAGGCUGGAGAGGCAGCAGAGGGAGAGGCAGGCGCUCAGCUUCGCCAAGGAGCGGCACACCUGGCAGGGCGAGAAGGAGCGCGUGCUCAAGUACCAGGCCCAGCUGCAGCUCAACUACGUGGAGAUGUACCAGAAGAACCAGGCCCUGGAGCAGCAGGUGGGCCAGCUCAGCUCCAAGAUCAGCCUCCCCUCCCCGCCCACCAGCCUCCCGCUGCCCCCCCCGCCCCCCCCCGAGGACAAGAAGCCCUCCCCGCCCCAGCUCACCCCGCCCUGGGGCGGGCCGUCCCGUCUCGAGCGGAUCGAGUCGACGGAGAUCUAGCCGGCCUGUCCCGGGACACGGCACCGCUGGCGAGGCAGCGCCGGGCUGCAGAGAGCGCAGAGAGGUUGGGCCGCGCGGACCGCGCCCAUCCGGGGACAGAGGAACUGGCACUGACGCUCUGCUGGCCCACUGGAGCUCAUCCAUUUACUCACGCUGAGCCCACUGGUGGCACCUGGACUGACACGCUGACUGGAGCUGCUGCUGGCGGCGUGCAAACUGGGAGCCUGACACACUGACACGGGAGCUGCAGCUGUCCAGCCUCACUCCUCCUGCGGUCUAUGGCCUGGGAGAGCUCCCUGGCCCGCUCGAGGCAGAUUAGUUUUGGGGGAGCUGUUUGUAUUCCUCCUUCUAAAUCUCUCAUCUAAGGAUAAUGAGGGCUACGGUUUUGAAAUUGAAUUUACCUGAGCUGCAGCACUGACCCCUGGUGCUGAUCAACUGCAGGCAGCGGGUCGGUCCGUUAGUACUGAGGCCUGGCGCCGAUCCACUGCAGACAGCAGGGUCGGUCCAACAGUACUGACCCCCGGCGCCGAUCCACUGCAGACAGCAGGGUCGGUCCAACAGUACUGAUCCCCGGCGCCGAUCCACUGCAGGCAGCGGAUCACUCCAGGAGCACUGAGGCCUGGUGCUGAUCAACUGCAGGCAGCGGGUCGGUCCGUUAGUACUGAGGCCUGGCGCCGAUCAACUGCAGGCAGCGGGUCAGUCCAGGAGCACUGAGGCCUGGCGCCGAUCCCCAGAUCAUCACUGAGAUGUUCUCGUACUAUGGAACACAGGUAUUUCCUCAGGGAUGCCUCUCAGAUAUUCCAGGAUUAACAGUGAGGUGUUCCAGUAGAAAAUACUGACUGCAGUUGCAGGGCAGGAAACUAGUAUUUGAGUAUGGAGAGCUUAGAUUAUUACAGUGUAGGACACUGAAGUGUUCCAGAAGGGAAAACACAGAUAUUCAGUACAGAUCAUCGUGGUAUGCACAGCUGAGAUAUUCUUGUGCAAAUCUGUGAAAUAUUUGAACAUGCAGAUAUUUUGCAGGAGCAUAGAGAGGUAUUCCAGUAGAAAAUUCCCAGGUGGAGGUGUUCUGUAUCUCUGGAUUACAGAACGCAGUAUGACUGUGUUCCAGAGCACAUCUCAUUAAAAUGAUCUGGAACAGAACACAUGACCACGUUGUAAUGAUCCAACUUGAUAAGUCAGCUGAAAAUGAAUUGCAUGAGGUCAGCAGUGUGGGGAAGUGGCCAGGGCUCUGGCUUCAGUGGCUUUGAAGACAAAUAUCAAGGAAAUAAUAAUCCUGGGGUGAUAUGAGAGUAGACUCACGUCGUGCUCUGAGGAGCUCAGCUGUGUUGUGUCCUGCUGCAGUUCGCCCUGGACUCCCUCCCCUGCCCACCUCGUCCACCCCAAGCUCGUUACACACACAGACCCCCUCGCCACUGGUACAAGAAGAAAAACCUCUUUCCAAGUAGCUGCCAUUAAACAAAGUAAAGUAAAAGUCCCUGAGCCACCCUUUACAUGAACAUUGUUUGCUUCAGCUGCCAGGGUGCAAGACCACAGAGGCACACAGUGCCUGGCCUGAGAGGGGCAGCAUGCUGCACCACCCCCUCUGCUGGUAGGCCCGUGUCAGUGCACACCUGCUAGCGCCAGCCCCCAGGAGCAGACAGGACCUGGCCCGAGGAGAGAUUGCGCCUGUGCAGUGGGAUUUGGCUCCUCUCUGAUAAGUGUGGACUUCAGUGCCAGCAGCGCGCUGCUGGAGAAGAUGGAGAGCUGGCUGACCAGCCGAGGGCUCACCUGCGCACACCUGGACUGUUAGUGACCCUGGGAGCCGAGCCGCAGGAGCUGCGAUGAGGCUGCGCUCCUCUUCAGAUAGAGCAUUUUACUUGAAAACCACCUUGAAAUUCUCUGUUUCGAACAAUCAGAAAAGGUUUAAACAAAAACUGGAUCUUCUGGUGAAAUUCUAAGAAAUGGGGAGUGAGAAGAUUGUAUAUGGACUCAAUUGGACAAGAAGGGUAAGCUGGUUCAAUACAGUGAAAGAAUUCAUUGAGUGAAAGAAAGCAAUUAGGGGCUUAAAGCUGAAUUAAAAAAGCUGUGAGCCUGGAGACCUGUGGACAGCUGUGGUGGACAGGAGAGGGAACGACCCCGGACCCCCCAGAAACUCGCCACCCCACGCAGCAGGUGAGCGGAGGGCACAGCAGAGGGAGUCGAACUCGUGCCAUCAAAACACGCUGGAAGAUAAUCGAUCUCACAAACUCCCGCUCUGAAAGCCACAGCAGCAGAGGCCCAGUGGUCGACCCCUCUGGCCUGAGCAGCUGUGUGCCUGUGUGCUUGGUGGGGCAGCAGACAGCAGACAGCAGACAGACAGACGAGCAGACUUGAACAGGGGGCGGGAAGUCCCAGCAGUCACCGCCCCGAAGAGCCUGCCCCAUUAAAAUGAGCAGUUUGGCACCUGUGACACAACACCAAGCCCAAAAUGGAAGAGGAACAACUUCAGCCUACCUUAACCUUGUGCAUUACGCACGGCCUGACAUAUAUGCCUGCUACUGGACAAUUGUGCUUAAUUAAACUGCUCAUUCUAAUAUGGCGGGGUUUUGAGUAACCUGAACAUGAUCUUAGGAAAUCUUGGGCUCCUGAAAAUGUCCGUGAAUCUGGGAAUGUGGGAAUCCUGAUGGUUUGAGCCCUUCCUGGACCCGGGGUGGAGUGGCAGGGGUGGGCAGAGGGCUGGGGGGGAGAGUGGAACAGCAUCGAGUCGGGAAGGAGGAAGAGGAGGGGACUGACAGAGGUGGAGAAAGCAGGAGAGAGACAGAGAGGCAGUAUUGCUUCACAGGUCCCAGGACUGCACAGAGCCCCACAGGGCUCCUCGGGGCUGGUCAGGAACCCACAGGGCUCAGUGUGGUUUGCAGGACGCUAUAGUGUCCACAGAGUCCAUAGGUGUUUAUAGGAUCCACAGGGAGAUAUAGGCUACACAGGGAUCUGUAUAGUGCACAGAUCGAUACAGGCUACACAGGGAGAUGUAGGCUACACAGGGCCCAAGGGAUACACAGGGCACUACAGGCUACAGCAGGGGUCCGAGAAGAACCACAGGGUUCCACAGCAAUCCACAAUGUCCAUAG